CAGGAGCGGCCCAGAUGAAGAUGAGGAAUUGAGUCAAAUGCUUUUCCAGCGCGGGUCGCGUAGAAAACAAAAAAAAGCAAGGCUGGGGCGUGACUGACUGCCCGGGCUAUUUAACGCCACCGCAUGAUGUAAUGCUGUUCGCGGAAGACUGGGCGGCGAUCAGCGACCAGCGGUCAAAACCGGCGGUGUCCCUGAUAAGCUCUGCUGAAAAUCCUUCUUCUACCCCCUAAGCUCGCCUCUCUCCUCCAUCCCAAUUCCUCUCCCUCAUCACAAUGCCUCCCCUCAAGCUCAACAGCAAGAACCUGUCGCAAAUCGCUGCGGCAGGCGCCGCUCGCGUCCGCGUCCCAACCUACCGGCGCGGUCCUGCCGUCAAGGAGGGCAUCGUUCACAUCGGAGUGGGCGGUUUCCAUCGGGCGCAUCUGGCUGUCUACGUCGACCAGUUGAUGCAGAAGCAUGGCGUGACCGACUACGCUAUCUGCGGUGUCGGCCUCCAGCCCUUCGACGCGACCAUGCGCGACGCCCUGGCAUCCCAGGAUCACCUCUACACUGUCAUUGAGCGUUCUGCCAAGGGCAGCUUUGCUCACGUCGUCGGAUGUAUCAACUCCUACCUUUUCGCCCCCGAUAACCGCGAGGCCGUCAUCGCCAAGAUGGCCCAUCCCGAUACCCGCAUCGUCUCCCUCACCAUCACCGAGAGCGGUUACUACUACAACGAGAACACUCACGAGCUGCAGAGCGGCCACCCUGACAUCCAAUUCGACCUUGACCCCGUCAACGAGACCUCCCCACGCACCACCUUCGGUUUCCUCUACGCCGCCCUCGCUCGUCGCCACCAGCAGGGUCUCAUGCCCUUCACCGUUAUGUCCUGCGAUAACAUGCAGAAGAACGGUUCCAUCACCCGCCACAUGCUCGAAUCGUUUGCCCGUCUGCGUAACCCCGAGGUGGCCGAGUGGAUCACCGAAAAGGGUGCCUUCCCCAACGCCAUGGUUGACCGUAUUACCCCCCAGACAUCUCCCGCCGACAAACAAGCUCUCGCAGACAACCAGGGUAUCGAGGACUCGUGGCCAGUGGUCACAGAGCCCUUCAUGCAGUGGGUGAUCGAGGACCAGUUCUCCGAUGGCCGCCCGCCUUUCGAGAAGGUCGGCGUCCAGGUCGUCAAGGAUGUCCACGCCGUCGAGCAGUUCGAGAAGCACAAGCUGCGUCUUCUCAACGGCAGUCACUCGGCUCUGGGCUACCCCGGUCAGCUGGCAGGCUUCAACUACGUUCACGAGGUGAUGGAGAACCCUCUCUUCAACAAGUUCGUCUGGCAGAUGAUGCAAGAGGAAGUCAAGCCAUCCUUGCCGGAAAUCCCGGGUGUCGACAUCGAUGAGUACUGCAAGACCCUCAUGGAACGUUUCUCCAACCCCACCAUCAUGGACCAGCUGCCCCGUAUCUGUCUCAACGCAUCCGGCAAGAUCCCCCAGUUCAUCAUGCCGUCCAUUGCCGAGGCCAUCUGGGUGAAUGGCCCUCUUCGCCGCCUGUGCUUCGUCGCUGCCGCUUGGUUCCGCUACGUCAACGGCAUUGACGACCACGGCAAGCCCUUCAAGGUCGACGACCCAAUGGUCGAGGAGCUCCAGGCCAAGGCUCGCGCCGGCGGCACCAACCCCGCCGAACUGCUCAGCAUCAAGAGUCUGUUCGGUGACGACUUGCGCAACGACCCGCGGUUCCUCAAGGAGAUCACUUCCGCGAUGGAGGACAUUGCCCGGGACGGCAUCCUGAAGACUCUUCCCAAGUACAUUGACUAAUUUACGACUUGGAACGACUUCAUCAAAAAAGGGACUAUUCAUGUACGGGGCGAUGGUUAUAUGUGUGUUUAUAUGCGUCAUGCGGGAGUGUUUUAUGAAAAGCAUGUACAAGGAUAGAUAAUGAUAGAUUGGUUUAAUAUUCACGUCACUGACUGAGAUGGUUCGCGAAUAACAUUCCAAUCUUUACCUGGUGAGAUCUAGUAAUUCCUGUGCACCCAUCGUAAUCAAGCUUCGAUACUACCCCUACCUACCCCGCUUAUUGGUUGGGAGUUAUACCCUGGUCCGUGUCGGUGCUCGGAUC